AAGGUUCACCUUGUGUGCCAUCCAGCCGUAUGGUCCAUGUGACCCCUUUCACCAGCGUUCUCUCUUUACGACAAUCCCAAGUCUUAGCUACUUGGUUGGUGGCCCUUUUUGGAUCUGCCUCUAUCAAUCUGCCAAAGUCUUGGGUCUGACUGCUUUGUUAACCGAAACCAUAAUUAGUCCAAAUUUAAUGUUGCAAAUUGCUUGCCAAACACCCGCUGCCCAAACAACUCAACACUUGUCGGGAUGGAACAACAACAACAACAACGCAUGCCACGACGCUCUCAAAGCCAUGGAACACUUCGAAGCAACUAUGCCCGUCAAUUACGUCCGUUACACAAGCCUCUGAGCAGAGUGAAUGAAAACUCCGCUUUGUUAUCUUCUACAGGCGCCCUAGAGGGUAUGCUCAAAACCACUACAGAAACAGGUGACAUUGGCCUUUUCAGCAUCAAAUCUGUCCCUGGCACCGCCUUCGGCAUAGCUGGACGCAGAGAACCAACUGGGCCCACAUAUCCUGUUCAUCCUUCUCGGCAACCCAUGGACAAGCCCCAGAGGCGUGAUGACUGUAAGAAGCUUCCUGUACACCAAGACACGGCUUCAGACAUCAUUUCAAUGUACGGGUCAAAUAGCCAAAGUUCCGUCUCUAGCACGCAGGCGACUUUAUCGGAGGAGCCGGGGCAUAGGUCUUAUUCUAUGACCACUGUCGGAUCUAGACACCUCUCUCACAAUAAGUCAAAUGCAACCCUGCAAAGUCAAGCAAGCUCUGCGCCACUGCAGCGACCACGGUCUCCUUUUCCAUACCCUACUAGGUUGAAGCGACCAGGAGCUCGUCCGGUAUCACCAGCCGUGACAGAAGCAGGGAUCGUCGAUUAUAGCCGCAUGGUCGAAAUAGACAGGAUCUCGCUAGUAAGUGAUGGUGAAGGUGCGCCAGCCCGUUCAUUUUAACUAAUACUCUAUCGUCUAGCGGACAGGACAUGGUUCUCUUAAGUCAUCUUACCCUCAUGCUCACAGAAGGCCACCACCAAUGGGAUUUCGCGGGGAUGGGAACCUGUCGACAUCUUCGUCGCAUGGUCGUGGGCCACCUCUAAUGCGUCGACCGGUAGGAUACCCGUUUCCACGCACGGCUUCUGCAGCCUCGAUUGCUUCUUGGAAUGCUAGCAACUCGCGUUUUGGAGAUAGGGUCAACAGUUCUUCAUCGAGAACAUCGAGCCUGACAUCUGUGGUCAACAUGUACUACAAAAUGCCCCCUUCUCUGAAGGCUGCACAG